AUGGUCCACGCUACUGGUGACAGCAAUGCCGUAGUUCUCAAUCGGCUUCAAGCAUUGAUCAAGGCUCAAGACACGCGUAUGAAUAUAUACAAAGAGUUCAAUGACGCUUUCCAAGAUUACUUGCACGAUCGAUGUCCAGAGGAGCAGUAUUUGUCCAUAUGCCGAAUUGCUACAGAGGGAUUCCAGGAGGUGUCGUCCGAGGUACAAACGAUAGAGCAAGCCCUUGCCGAAGAAGGCCGUAAUGAUCUUUCGCAAGCUGUGCGCAGGCUUCAAGAAAAAGAAAAGGACAAGUUACAGCUGACCGUUCAUUUGCAAAUCUAUACCAUUGAAUCUCGAAAAGGGGAAAAGGAUUAUGAUACAACUAUCCAAGAGCAUCGUGAAAGACUCGACAGUGCUAUCAGUGACAUUGGUGAAAUCUGGGAUGAGAUCCGACAAGAAGCAGCAGAGCUGUCAUUUGCCGUCGCCGAGUCGUAG